UGGAUGUCAACAGAUAGUUGGGACCGAAGAGCCCGUUUCUUCAUUGAUUUCCCUCACAUUGUCAAGUAGCAUUUUUAUUCAUACAGCGUUGUCGUUUCCUGUGCUUAUUCUCACUUAAGGACGCAGGGACGGUUGUUUGUUUCACACUCCCUGCGUAUGAACACGGGUUUCUCAAGCUAUCUUGCUACUACUAAGCAGUAGUCGUCAUGAUCCUGUCCCGGGUAAAGCCAGCUGUCGGAGGGGACGCUCCAGCCACUGAUAAGAAGAAGAAAAACAAGGGGAAGAAGACACCGCGACUGGAGGACUAUCUGAGUCAGAGAGACUACCUGGGAGCCAUCACUCUGCUGGAGUUCCAGCGCAGUGUAGGGGAGGGAGAGGAGGACACAGAUCUGUGGCUGGGAUACUGUGCUUUUCAUCUGGGCGACUACAGGAGAGCCAUGGAGGAGUAUAAAGCUUUGACCCUGAAGCCGGGCUUCACAGCAGAUGUGUGGGUUUAUCUGGGCUGCACGCUGUUCUUCCUGGGGCUCUAUGAGGAGGCUGAGGAGGCUGCGCUUAAAGCUCCUAAGAGUCAGCUGCAGAAUAGGCUGCUCUUCCACCUGGCUCACAAGUUCAAUGACGAGAAGAAGCUGAUGGGUUUCCAUCAGAACCUGGAGGACGUGACGGAGGACCAGCUCAGCCUGGCCUCCAUUCACUACAUGCGCUCCCACUACCAGGAGGCCAUCGACAUCUACAAGCGCAUCUUACUGCAGAACAGAGACUCCCUGGCUCUCAACGUGUACGUAGCUCUCUGUUACUACAAGUUGGACUAUUACGAUGUGUCGCAAGAAGUCUUGGCGGUGUACCUGCAGAGUAUACCGGACUCGACCAUCGCCCUCAACCUCAAGGCCUGCAACCACUUCAGGCUAUACAACGGCAAGGCGGCUGAGGCAGAGCUGAAGAACCUGAUAGAUAUCUCCUCCAGCUCCUUUGAGUUUGCCAAGGAGCUCAUCAGGCACAACCUGGUGGUGUUUCGGGGUGGCGAAGGGGCCUUACAGGUGCUACCCCCCUUGAUCGACGUGAUCUCUGAGGCUCGUCUCAACCUGGUCAUCUACUACCUCAGGCAAGAUGAUGUGCAGGAGGCUUACAACCUCAUCAAAGACUUAGAACCCACCACACCACAGGCAAGUGUGUCUCUCCUCUCCUUUACCUCUCCAGAGUAUAUCUUGAAGGGUGUGGUAAAUGCUGCUUUAGGACAAGAAGUUGGAUCGAGGGAUCAUCUGAAGAUUGCUCAGCAGUUCUUCCAGCUGGUCGGAGGCUCAGCCAGUGAAUGCGAUACUAUCCCUGGCCGACAGUGUAUGGCUUCCUGUUUCUUCUUGCUAAGGCAGUUUGAGGAUGUUCUCAUCUACCUCAACUCUGUAAAGAGUUACUUCUACAAUGACGACACCUUCAAUUUCAACUAUGCCCAGGCCAAGGCUGCUGUUGGCAACUACAGGGAAGCAGAGGAGGUGUUUCUGCUGAUUCAGAGUGAGAAGAUCAAGAACGACUAUGUGUACCUCAGCUGGCUGGCACGCUGCUAUAUUAUGAACAAAAAGGCCCGUUUAGCCUGGGAGCUGUAUCUGAAAAUGGAGACAUCAGCUGAGUCCUUCAGCCUCUUACAGCUCAUUGCCAAUGACUGCUACAAGAUGGGGCAGUUCUAUUACUCAGCGAAGGCGUUUGAUGUUCUGGAGCGGCUCGACCCAAACCCUGAGUACUGGGAGGGCAAGAGGGGGGCCUGUGUGGGGAUCUUUCAGCUCAUACUGGCUGGCAGAGAGCCCAGAGAGACACUCAGGGAGGUCCUGCCCCUGCUGAGAAACACUGGGAACCCGCAGGUGGAGUACAUCAUCAGAGCCUUGAAGAAGUGGGCCAAAGACAACCGUGUCUCGCUAUAAUGAUACAGACACUACACGCUGCACACCAACGGAGGCACAAUGCAUCACACAAACAUUCGGAAAAUAUCUGAAAAUGCUGUCUCUGAAAUACUGCGCAGGAGACAGAGUGAUUUACAAGGUACCAACUUUACCAGCAUUCCAAAGCAUAAGCCCUCAACAAAAUAAGAAAUUCUUCUAAUCCUUAUUAAAUUCAACCGCAGUGCACCCCUCUCUCUUGGUUAUGAAGUUUAUCCAUCCUCACACACUGAGCUCCAGCUGAGAGGGCAUGCUUAAAAUGUUGUCAAUAGUCUACAUUUUUAUAUUCCAUAAA